AUGUCGCGGCUUAACGUCUCCCUCCCGCCAUUCAACAGUGCAGCUUCCAGCAUUGUUUCUCCAUUCACGACAUCAUGUAGAACUCGAUCAUCAAGAACAAAGUGUGCAAUUGCGAAUUCAACUCCACGACGCAGACUUCCACAAGAGCUGUCCCGCACCUAUGCUACCGUGACAACCCAGCAUCCAACAUCAUACCUUACCAUCCCUACACCAUCGACCAGUACGCACAGAACCCGAACCUUAACCCCUCCUUCCAUCGAUCAGAUUCGUGCCAAUUUACCUAAACCUCAAACGCCCAGCACACCGAAAAUCCUUGUCGGUACCGUUAGCCGCGUGGGAACUAUGUCCAAAACCGUGCAAAUAUCUUACAAUACGCAACGCUUCGACAAUUGGCUAAAACGACACAUUCAGCAUCCAACGCGGAUCUUGGCGCAUGAACCGACAGGCUAUCUACACGUUGGAGAUGUGGUGGAGUUUGCGCGCUUUACGCCCGCGACCAUGGCGGAUCGAUACGAAACUGGGAAGCUAAAUCGAAGGGGUGGAGGGGUAAGAUUCGAGGUUUAUAGGGUGAUCACGCCAUUCGGCCAGCCAGUAGAGGAGAGGAAGGAGUUGCACGGAAAGGGAGAGCUGUGGGAGAAUUUAGGGGUUGUAGAGUUCGAGAGGAGGAAGAAUGAGCUUUCGAGACCUUGGAAUCAGGAUAGGAAGAGAAAGGUAGCGCUUAUGGAGGGGAUGUGUGAAGCCUUGGGUUUGGACCUAGAAAAGAUGAGGUUGCAGCUGGUAGCCACAUCGAAGCCAUCCGAUGAACCCGAUCAAGCAGCAAUUGAGGUUCAAGAGCUAGUAUAUGACAGCGCUGGACCAGAACCCGUGGAUGGGAGCUUAGACGAAAUGAAUGAGGCUCGGAGAGAUAUCGCAGCGGAGCUGCAGAAGCUCCAAGAAAAUACACGGCCAGCACAUAUGGAGCAGAGCUAA